GGAGGGGUCUAUUUGUAAACUCCAGGCCGCGGGAGGGAGGUGAAUUUUCCGCCGCUGAAGUUGGGUUGAACGAUACGGAGUGGGUUGUGCCUUGCACGUCUCAUUCCCAACUCUGGCACAAAACCUUUUUCCAGGCUCCGGACUUGGCUGUUCCCUCUCUCCCGCCCGCUUGGAUUACAACUUUCACUGGGAAUCGGACGGCGCUUUUCCCCACGCCGGGAGCAGCCCGCGGCCAGGAGGUGAUGCCUGUCCAGUGAUCAGCGCUUGCCCUCCACGGGCACGAUGCCCUCCGGGAAGCUGGGGUUCCUGGCUUUGGUCCUCCUGUGGGCACCCAGGCCCGGGGCUGUGAAGGCUGACUUCCCCAGGGAUCUGGUGCCGAUCAACGUCGUGCCUGAGCACGUUCUGCGGAGAUACCCGGUGUUCCAGGGAUUGGGGCCAGGAAAUGGGAGCACUUCGCCGGGAUUACACCUCCAGCGCAUGCUUCGUGUCAAUCAGACCCUCUACGUCGCGGUGAGGGACCACGUCUUCUCCUUUGACCUGGGACACAGCACGCCGGAGGGUCUCGUCCCCCACAGGGUGCUGAAGUGGAAAACGCGGGACAGCGAUGUGCAGAAGUGUGCGAUGAGGGGGAAGCGGCCGGAUGAGUGCCACAACUUCAUCCGGGUCCUGGUGCCUCAGGACGAUAGGACUCUCUUCGUCUGUGGGACCAACGCGUUCAACCCUGUGUGUCGGAGUUACAAGAUGCGUUCCCUGUUGCAAGAAGGCAGUGAGAUCAACGGACAAGCUCGAUGCCCCUUUGAGACCAAGCAAACCAAUGUUGCCCUCUUUUCCGAGGGGAACCUGUACUCGGCGACCAUGGCAGAUUUCCUGGCCAGCGACGCGGUGAUCUACCGCAGUCUGGGUGACAAGCCCGUCCUCCGCACGGUGAAGUACGACUCCAAGUGGCUGAAAGGUAAAGGUGGCUUGAAUAAACCUCCCCUCCCUGCUCCCCCCUGUCUGGAUGCAUCAUGGCCUGCUACGGCAACCUCCCCGCCUGUCACAGCUCCUUUUUCACUGACCCUCGGUACCAAUUUACCCCCUUCCAGAAGCAAAAUAGACCCUUGGCCCCUCUCUCCAUAGAACCCCUGAGUUUAGUGUCCUGAGACUGAGGGGGGUGAGGCCCAUGGGCUCCAGAGUUGGUAGGUCCCUGGGGUAGCUAUGGGCUGGAGCCUAGAACCUGGGUCACCACCUCCACAUGAAGUGUUAGUCAAACAGGAGAGAUUUCUUCAUCAAGGUCAAUGAAUCCUUGGAAUUAGAGUCAGUUAGUAUGGGAAAAGGCCCUUCGGUCCAACUCGCUGAUGCUAACCGAGAUUGCCGUCUGGGCCCUGCUCACCUGCCUACAUUUGGCCUUUCUAAACUCUUCAGUUCCAUGUACUUGUCCCAAGUACCUUCUAGAUGUGGUUUGUAAACCUGCUCCAAUCACUUCCCCCGGCAGCUUGUUCCAAACACUGAUCACCCUCUGCGUGAAGAAGUUGCUCCUCAAGUUCUAAUGAAACUACUCCUCUCUCACCAGUGCCCUCUAGUUCUUGAUUCCCCAGCUCCGUCUCUGUUUAUGCCCCUCAGGAUUAGAUACCCAUCCACAGGUCACCCCUCAUCCUGACACUCCAAGGAGUGAAGUCCUUACCUGUUGAACUGCUUUCCGCAACUCGGUC